CCGGAGGAUGCGGUGCGGGGCUGCGCUCGCUACGCCCGCUGCUGCUGCUGCCCGGCUCGGGCCUGAGCACCGAGCAGGAUCCCAAGUGAUGGUGGUUUACGCAGAGGAGGAGCUGAGCCCUGUGAGACUGAUUAGCACGGCGGAGCUGGGAGCGGCGCCUGCUGGCUGGCGGGAGUGAACACAGGAUCUCAGCAUCUCAACCUGAGAGGAAGCAUGUCUAAGAAAGGCCGGAGCAAGGGCGAGAAGCCUGAGGUGGAGAUGGACGCGGUGCAGAUGGCCAACGAGGAGCUGCGGGCCAAGUUGACCAGCAUUCAGAUCGAGUUCCAGCAGGAAAAGAGCAAGGUGGGCAAGCUGCGCGAGCGGCUGCAGGAGGCCAAGCUGGAGCGCGAGCAGGAGCAGCGGCGACACACGGCCUACAUCUCGGAGCUCAGGGCCAAGCUGCACGAGGAGAAGACCAAGGAGCUGCAGGCGCUGCGCGAGGUGCUCAUCCGCCAGCACGAGCAGGAGGCGGCGCGCACGGCCAAGAUCAAGGAGGGCGAGCUGCAGCGGCUGCAGGCCACGCUGAACGUGCUGCGCGACGGUGCGGCUGACAAGGUCAAGACGGCGCUGCUGGCCGAGGCGCGCGAAGAGGCGCGCAGGGCCUUCGACGGCGAGCGCCUGCGGCUGCAGCAGGAGAUCCUGGAGCUCAAGUCGGCACGCAAGCAGGCGGAGGAGGCGCUCAGUAACUGCAUGCAGGCCGACAAGACCAAGGCGGCCGACCUGCGCGCUGCCUACCAGGCGCACCAGGACGAGGUGCACCGCAUCAAGCGCGAGUGCGAGCGCGACAUCCGCCGGCUGAUGGAUGAGAUCAAGGGAAAAGAUCGUGUGAUUCUGGCCUUGGAGAAGGAACUCGGCGUGCAGACUGGGCAGACCCAGAAGCUGCUUCUUCAGAAAGAGGCUUUGGAUGAGCAGUUGGUUCAGGUCAGAGAGGCUGAGCGGUACCACGGUAGUCCAAAGAGAGAGCUCCCACCUGGCAUAGGGGACAUGGCCGAGCUCAUGGGUGUCCAGGAUCAGCAUAUGGACGAGCGAGAUGUGCGGCGAUUUCAGCUAAAAAUUGCUGAACUGAAUUCGGUGAUACGGAAGCUGGAAGACAGAAAUACCCUCUUGGCAGACGAGAGGAAUGAACUGCUGAAACGCUCCCGUGAGACCGAGGUCCAGCUGAAGCCCCUGGUGGAGAAGAACAAGCGAAUGAACAAGAAGAAUGAGGACUUGCUGCAGAGCAUCCAGAGGAUGGAGGAGAAGAUCAAGAAUCUCACACGGGAAAAUGUGGAGAUGAAAGAGAAGCUGUCGGCACAGGCGUCCCUGAAGAGGCACACGUCCUUGAAUGACCUCAGUUUGACAAGGGACGAGCAGGAAAUCGAGUUCCUGCGGCUGCAGGUGCUGGAGCAGCAGCAUGUCAUCGACGAUCUCUCGCUGGAGAGAGAACGGCUCUUGCGCUCCAGAAGACAUCGUGGGAAGGGCCUGAAGCCACCCAAGAAGCAUGUUGUGGAAACAUUUUUUGGAUUUGACGAGGAGUCUGUGGACUCGGAAACAUUGUCAGAGACGUCCUGCAACACAGACAGGACGGACAGGGCUCCGGCCACGCCCGAGGAGGACUUGGACGACACUACAACCCGAGAAGAGGCUGACCUGAGGUUCUGCCAGCUGACCAGGGAGUACCAGGCCCUGCAGCGAGCCUACGCCCUGCUUCAGGAGCAGGUGGGGGGGACGCUGGACGCCGAGCGAGAGGCCCGGACUCGGGAACAGCUCCAAGCUGAUCUGCUGAGGUGUCAGGCCAAAAUCGAAGAUCUGGAGAAGUUACUGGUUGAGAAGGGACAGGAUUCCAAAUGGGUUGAAGAGAAGCAGCUGCUCAUCAGAACAAACCAAGACUUGCUGGAAAAGAUUUACAGGCUGGAAAUGGAAGAGAACCAGCUGAAGAACGAAAUGCAAGAUGCAAAGGAUCAGAACGAGCUGUUAGAAUUCAGAGUGCUAGAACUCGAAGAGAGAGAGCGGAGGUCGCCAGCAUUUAACCUCCAAAUCACCACCUUCCCCGAGAACAACAGCAGCGCCCUCCAGCUGUUCUGUCACCAGGAAGGAGUUAAGGAUGUGAAUAUUUCUGAACUUAUGAAGAAAUUAGAUAUCCUUGGCGAUAAUGGGAAUUUGAGAAAUGAAGAACAGGUUGCAAUAAUCCAGGCUGGAACUGUGCUUGCCCUGUGUGAAAAGUGGCUGAAGCAAAUAGAGGGAACGGAGGCGGCCCUGACCCAGAAGAUGCUAGACUUGGAGAAAGAGAAGGACCUGUUCAGCAGGCAGAAGGGCUACCUGGAGGAGGAGCUAGACUACAGGAAGCAAGCCCUCGACCAGGCUUACCUGAAAAUCCAGGAGCUGGAGGCCACGCUGUACGAUGCGCUGCAGCAGGAGCCCGGGCGGCGGGCCAGCGAGGCGCUGAGCGAGGGCCAGCGGGAGGACCUGCAGGCCGCCGUGGAGAAGCUGCGCAGGCAGAUCCUGCGGCAGAGCCGGGAGUUUGACAGCCAGAUCCUGCGGGAACGCAUGGAGCUGCUGCAGCAGGCCCAGCAGAGAAUCCGAGAAUUGGAGGAUAAACUGGAGGUCCAGAAGCGACAUCUGAAAGAGCUGGAGGAAAAGUUUUUGUUCCUUUUUUUGUUUUUCUCACUAGCAUUCAUUCUGUGGCCUUGAUGACUUCAGUGAGCCAAGAACUCGGGAUAGAAAAAGAGCUUAUGGAAUAAACUGAGUCCUAUGGCAAACCCAACCCCACUCAAACCAAAAUUCAACAGCAAAACAAGC